UCUCUCUCUUCAACAUAGCAUGGCGAAGCAAAUAGUAACUUAAAAAAAAACGAUUUAAGGGAAUUUUAUAUAUUACAGAAUAAUAUAUUUUUAUAAAUCUAAUGGCGAUCUGCCUACGAGUAAUUUCUAAUAGAGUAAAUUCGUUGAGUCCAAUUAUCUCUCGAAAACAUCUGCGAGAGCAAAAUAUUAAAUACAUAGAGAAAUCAAUUUUUCUGGAUGAUUUUGUAAGCACACAUCAACGAUCGUCUGAAAAUGAAUCACGAAUUGUUGAGCCGUCACUAUGUAAUAAUUUAAGUCAUCAAUUGCUGUACGUGCCAAAAUUAAAACCAGCCUUAGCACCUAAUGAAGAACUUUCUACAGAAGAAAACAAUGAUUAUGCGAAAGCGUAUGUUACCUUACUUAACCCAUCCUUUAUAUCCCAUGAUCACAAUACCCAUAAUAAUAUCGAUAAAUCAUGUAAACAUAAUCUAGGUCAUCGUAAAAACGAUGAUGAUAAUCAUGUUUUAUUCUGUCAAGGCAGUGGUAGCAGCAAAGAUAGACCAAGUAAUGAUAGCAUAUCAUCGAAUAAACCGUCUGCAGAACAAUUAUUAAAAGUGAAAAAUGUAUUAUCUGAGAGUUUACCAAAUUUAUUUAUUCAACCAAUGAACUAUUCUAUUUAUCAUCCGAAUUUAGUAUUUGAAAAUAACAUUAGGGGCAUUCGAACUGUCGGACUAUUUCAUUAUGUUAGACAAAUUGCAUUAUUACGUACAGUUGGCCACCUGAAAUUUGCUUAUGUUAAAUUAGAAAUAAUAAAAAUAACAGUGAAUCCGGAAGAUUCAUCUGUAAAAGUACGAUGGCGAAUUCGUGGUAUUUCAGGAUUAAAAGCUUUAUUCAUGUUUUGGAAGUUUAAAUUGUGGAAAAUGCGCGAUGCAUUCAAUGCCCAAGAAGAUUGGUAUGAUGGUUUUUCUACUUUUUAUGUCGGUGGAGAUGGAUUUGUCCACAAACAUGUUGCAGAUAAGAUGAUGCCGGAUUCAGAUAAUGUAUCAGAGCAAAACGCUGCAUCAACAGUUGCAACAAAAUUAGCAUUAUUUUGGGGUUUACUCCCACAAACGUACGAAGAUUUUUAUCCAUUCGUAUCUGAUUAUUUUAUUCAUUGUGGUGAUCAUCGAAGAGAUGUUUAAUAACAAAAAAAUUCAAAAAAUAUUUAAUAAAAAAAGUAAUUUGUAUUUAAAAAAUACAAAACAUUUUUGUAUGAUAGAUAAUUAUUCUUAAAUGUGUUAUUGUGAUCUUUUUUUUUGUUUAUAUGUUAAUUGAUGAUAAAGAUGAUACCUGAAGACUCUAUGUUGCUUAGUUAAAAAUAAAUAAUAAUUGUUAAAAAAAAAUCUAGUCCAAAUGACGAUAACAUUAUUCUUAUUAUAGUCAUUUGGUGACCUCAGAAAUGUUGCUAUAUGUAGUUAUUUUAAGAUAAAUAAAGCACAUUUUUCUAA